UUCAUACCUCCACAAAACGGAAGUGGAGAGACGCUCGAUGGACCGAAACGGCGUCGUUAGCUUUCACCACCGGCGAUCGCCGUCCUCCGAUCGAUUUCUCGGCGUAUUCUCUCCACCGCAGAGUGAUAGUGCUAUCGGCGAUGCAGAUGUAUCCAUCGCUGACGAUGAGCUGAACGAAGAUGAAGUUUUCUGGACAGGAGACUUCACUGAACCUAGGCGCCACUCUACUUCUCCUUCUUCAAUCAGUAGUCGGAAAACUUUCCUUCAGCCGGAGAAAUUCGGUAUUCUCGCUGCAUUGCCUGAUGAUCACCGGAAACUUAACCGCCCCGUUGUUUAUCGGAAACCUUCGAUAACUUCCUCACCUACAAGUACAAAACUGUUUCAUUCACCGCCGAUUUCAUCAGCGAUGGUUUUUUCUCGAGCGUUUCCUACGAUUCCCAAGCCUCCAUUGGAUAGAGAACAUAGCUAUAACCGUAACCAUUCACAAACUAUGCCGGUGAGGAAGUUCCAACACUCAGUGCCAGUGAACGUGCCGAUGAUACCGAAGAAGGCACCGAGAAGUGACCUUGCUGACGUAGAAAUCGAUGAUGAUGACGGCGAUGAUGAGAUGCUUCCUCCGCAUGAGAUCGUAGCCAGAGGAUCAGCUAGAUCACUUAAAACCACGUUUUCGGUGCUUGAAGGCGUGGGAAGAACACUCAAAGGGAGAGAUCUUUGUCGAGUUCGCAAUGCUGUUUUCCGCCAAACAGGUUUUCUAGAUUGAAAUGAUAAGGAACAGUUCAGUUAAUUUUGAUACAUCUCUGUGAAUUAUACAUAUUGUUAAUCAAUCUGGACUGAGGUUUUCGUCCAAAAACAUUAUAGCUGGACUGAAGUGAAAUUUUCUAGCCAACUUUCAGUCAUGGAAUCCAUCAUUAGAUAACAUUAUACAAUGGAGAUAGUUCUAUAUGUUUUUUCAUCCGUUUCUUCAGUUUAUGGGUGUUUACCGUAUUAAUGGGAGUUGAAAAUAUUAUUCUAGGAAAUUUUGGUGUACAUUUGGCCAUGGAGAUCAAGAGAAUUUAAAUGGAAAAUAGUUUUGUUAGAUUUU